CACACAGCUCCUGGCAGAGGAGCUGGGUACAGGCAGAGGAGCUGGGUACAGGCAGAGGAGCCGGGUACAGGCAGAGGAGCUGGGUACAGGCAGAGGAGCCGGGUACAGGCAGUGCCAGUUUGCCGGUAGGGAUCAAGGCUUUGGAGCAGGAGGCUGGGAGGUGGCGAUGGAAGCCAUGCAAGGAGCUGCAGGGGAAUCCCAGCUGCUGCACUUGGGGGCUGGGGUUAUCACCCUGCUGCUGACGGUUGUGGCUGUGUGCUCCCUGCCCUCCCUGAUGGGUUACUGGAGGCGAUGGUGGGUGAUGAAGCCGAUCCCGGGUAUCAGCCCCUGCUAUCCUGUGCUGGGAAAUGCUCUGCUCUUGGAGCGGGAUGGACAAGGUUUUUUUAAACAACUACAAACUUACGUCGAAGAGCUCAGGAGUUGGCCAUUGUUCAAACUUUGGAUAGGACCAUUGCCUGUCAUGGUUUUAUAUCACCCUGAAAGUGUGGAGGUUAUUCUGAACAGUUCAAAACAUAUAGAAAAAUCGUACCUGUACAAAUUCCUGCAGCCAUGGCUGGGCACUGGACUUCUGACGAGCACCGGAGACAAGUGGCGGUUGCGGAGGAAGAUGAUAACUCCCACAUUCCACUUCACAAUCUUAACUGACUUUCUAGAGGUUAUGAAUGAACAAGGAGGUAUUUUAUUGGAGAAACUUGAGAAGCAUGUUGACAAGGAACCAUUUGAUGUCAUUCUAGACAUCACUCUGUGUGCCCUUGAUAUCAUCUGUGAAACAGCGAUGGGGAAGAAUGUAGGUGCUCAGGAGAAUCAGGAUUCUGAGUAUGUUCGUGCUGUCUACAGGAUGAGCGAUCUAAUUCACGAGCGACAGAAGAGCCCUUGGCUUUGGCCUGAUCUUGUAUACAUGCUGUUCAAGGAAGGAAGAGAGCAUGACAGGAACCUCAAGAUCCUUCAUAAUUUUACAGAUACAGUGAUUGCAGAAAAAGCUGCAGAAUUUGAAAACUCCAAACACACAAAAUGUAAUACUGAUGGCAACUAUGAAGAAAGUGGCUCCAAAAAGAGGAGGGCUUUCCUGGACAUGCUGCUGAAUGCAACAGAUGAUGAAGGGAAUAAAUUGAGCUACAGGGACAUACGUGAGGAAGUGGAUACUUUCAUGUUUGAGGGCCAUGAUACAACAGCAGCUGCUAUGAACUGGGCCCUGUACUUACUUGGACAUAAUCCUGAAGCCCAGAAGAAGGUUCACAGAGAACUGGAUGAGGUGUUUGGCAACACAGAGCGUCCUGUUACAAUGGACGAUUUGAAGAAGCUUCGAUACCUUGAGUGUGUUGUGAAAGAAGCCCUCCGGCUCUUCCCUUCAGUUCCACUGUUUGCCCGUGCCUUAAGAGAGGAUUGCUGUAUUAGAGGGUAUCAGGUACCAAAAGGAACAAAUGUCAUUGUCAUAACUUACGCUCUGCAUAGAAACCCUGAGAUCUUCCCUGACCCAGAGGAGUUCAGACCCGAGAGAUUCUUCCCUGAAAAUUGUAAGGGAAGGCACCCAUAUGCUUACGUGCCCUUCUCAGCUGGUCCCAGGAACUGCAUUGGUCAGCGCUUUGCACAAAUGGAGGAGAAAGCUCUUCUAGCCAUCAUCCUGCGGCGUUUUUGGGUGGACUCAUGUCAAAAGCCAGAGGAGCUUGGUAUAACUGGAGAACUGAUUCUUCGUCCAAAUAAUGGCAUCUGGAUUAAGCUGAAGAGGAGGCCAAACGCUGGAUCAGAAUGAAAGGAUAUUCAAGAUUUUAUUUUUCCAAAAACUUCCAAGCUAUUUAUGCUGAGAUAGGUUUUAAAAUCAGAUAUUUUAAUGGUAGUUCAGCAAUUUGUUGAAACUAAAGGUGUUACUGGUUGUUUCGUUAAUGAAGAUGUGUAAUAGCCCUAAAUUGCUCUACUUUUCUGAUACCUCUGAACUUCACGAUAAUCUUUGAAGUGCAAGUCUUUAAACAUCAAAUCUGAGUGCCUUAUCUGCUUGGAUGAAACUAUUCUAUUGCAACAGUGCAAAAAAACUUAAAUUAUGGUAGUAGCAACAGUAAUGUCCGUGAUGGAGUUAUCUGGAUAUAUUCCAUAGCAUCUGGAAGAUAACAGCUAGUCUCAAAUCUUUGUAGGUUUCAGGUUUCCUUGAUUCUGAAAGGUACAAAUGAUCAAUUCUUCUACAUGGCACAGAUUUUUUUCUGUUUUGAUGAUGACUGCAUCUAUGAAGACAAAGCAAAAAUCUCUGAUAAUUUCACUCCUCCUUUGUAAGCAUUUACAGUAGUUCCUAAGUAGUGAGUGCUCUGAAUUAUUGUUUAACAAAGUGUACCAUAAACAUUAAUCUGUAUAAUCAUUCCAUGAACUAGAUAGUGUGCAAAUUACCACAGGAUUUCAUAAUGUUGGAAACAUUGUAUUAUUACAAAUUUUGAGAAUAAACUUCUACUGUGCCUCAA